GUCUUUGGUAGAUUUUUAUAGACAUUAAGUUUAUGAUUUUUGAUCUAAAUAUUUCCUUAUUGUUAAAUAUCAGUUGUGAACAUUGGAUGACAACAGAAAUGUCAGUUAAUUCAUUUCACUGUUGCAUUAGUAUAAAUCUGUUUCAUUUUGCCAUGUUUGAUUGUCCUAAUUAAGGAUUUAGAAAUCAUCCAGAAACACUUGUAAAAUGACAAGAGAAGCUGUUUCCCUAGAAGAAGAAUCUUUAAAUACAGUCUUUAAUUUUAAAAUAAAAAAAGAGAAGUAUGAAGAAGUACCAAAGGAAACUGAGAACACAUUUGUCAAAGUAAAAAUUGGACAAAGUGGUGAUUCAACAAAAGAUGGAAUUAUUUCCAAGUUCAGUGAGAGUGAUGAUGAAACUGUUGAUUGUUCACAACAUGAUAUUAUAUGUGUGAAAAACGAAAUUGAACCAGAAGAGGAGUUUCAACAAAUUAAUUCUGGAUCAGAAGGUUUAUCAGGAAAACUGCAAAAAGUCUACUGGAAAAGCAAUGUUGUCUUGUAAAGGAGAAUAUCAGGAUUGAUACCACUUGGCCUGUAUUGACGAGACUUUAAAAAUCUACCUUCAAUAUUUUAAUUUUCUAAGUACCAAAAUAUUUAGUAUCCCAACGCUAUAAAUGUCUGGGGUAUUAUAAAUAUUUUUAUAAGUUAGCCCGUUUUAACUUAAAAUGUAGCAACUUACAAUUCUGUACUGAAGAUGUUGUAAUUACUCAUUUUGGUAUCAUUUUGUGUAUUUGAAAAUGCGAUAAAAUAGUACUAGUAGGUUGAUCUUUCUAAAACUAAUUUUUUUUUUUAUGCGUGAAACAAAAAAAAUUGUGAUAAGCAUAGGGUUCCAUUUCUUGUAGUUUUAUUCACUAAAAUAAUCAUUUUGUGGUAAUGUAAGGGCACAUUUGGACAGAAAAAGAAAUUUAAAAUUUUGGUGUCAGUAUUACACGUCAGGCGGCCUGGCAUGGCCAGAUGGUUAGGGCGCUCGACUCGCAACCAGAGGGUCGC